AUGCCCGUCCAGUCCAAGCCCAUCCCCGCCCUCUACACGGUGUACAUUCUCCGCUCCACCGUACGCCACGCGUCUCUCUACAUCGGCUCGACGCCCAACCCCCCGCGCCGUCUGAAGCAGCACAAUGGCGAGGCCCGCGGCGGCGCUGCUCGCACUUCCCGCCUGAGCCUGCGGCCCUGGGAGAUGGUGGGGCUGGUCUCCGGCUUCCCGGGCAUGGUUGCUGCUCUAAAGUUUGAAUGGGCGUUGACAAACCCGCAUCUUUCUCUGCAUAUUCCCUCCGGAUCACGGAUUACCGUCUCGACUGGAGUUAAGAAGAAUGGACACCCUCGCCGGCCUCGCGCGAGUAUAUCUUCGAUAUUAUCCAACUUACAACUCCUACUAGGUGUACCGAGCUUCCGCCGAUGGCCGCUUACACUUCACUUUUUCGCAAAGGAUGUGCACAAAGCAUGGCUUACAUCGUCUGCCAACUCGACCGAGCCUCUACGAAACACUCUCAACAUUGUCACCGACUUCGGCCCUGACCCCGCAUCUUCAGACGACGUCGCUUGGGGCAUCCAUGCUUUAUCUGUGGACUACACCCAUGUGAAGGAAUACGUGGAAAAGGCACAGUCCAUCACUGCCUUUGAAAGAGAAGGCAACUGUAUCGUCUGUAAAGAGCCUCUUCCUCACGGUCAAGGAUUACACGCCGUGUGUCCAAAUGAGGCCUGUGAAGGCGUCGGGCAUCUGUCAUGCUGGAGUCGUCAUAUGCUCCACCACGAUGAGGACCGAGAAGCAGUUGUCCCUAUUCAGGGCCGUUGCCCCCAAUGUGGAGGCCACGUUCAGUGGGUCGAAAUGAUGAAAGAACUGACGCUACGGGCAAGGGGUGCGAAAGAAAUCGACGCUCUUUUGAAAAAGAAAAAGAGGCGAACGAAGACUUGA